UUUUUGCAACAAAAUCAUGUUCUUUGCAACUAUUGAGAGAAUAAACAGAAACACGAUCUCAGAUUGAAAAACCAAGAAAUAUUUAAAGCAGCCCUUCGUCUAAUUUGGUUGACUCCGUUGAUUCUUUAAGUCCCUUUUUCUCUCUCUCUCUAGACUUCACCGGAGGUGGAAGUGUCAUGCGGUGGAGAAGAUGCAGUGAGAGAGUUAACAAGAACUUGAAGGGAGUUAGAAUUACUGAUCGCAUUUUCUGAUGGAUGUUCAGAGGAUUUGCUUAUGGGCUGCUUUAAUGCUUUUCCUAAGCAAUUACGGUGGAGUGUGGGCUGGUGACAUUGUUCAUGAUGAUGAUUUGGCUCCCAAGAAGCCCGGUUGCGAGAAUGAUUUUGUGCUCGUAAAAGUUCAAACUUGGGUUGAUGGCGUAGAAGAUGUGGAAUUUGUUGGUGUCGGUGCUAGAUUUGGUAAGACCAUAGUAUCGAAAGAGAAAAAUGCUAAUCAAACUCGCCUGGCUCUAUCGGACCCUCAGGAUUGCUGCAGUCCUCCCAAGAAAAAGUUUCUUGGAGAUGUCGUGAUGGUGGACCGCGGAAAGUGCAAAUUUACAGUGAAGGCGAAUUUUGCUGAAGCUGCUGGAGCUUCAGCAGUCCUCAUUAUUAAUAACCAGAAAGAACUUUACAAGAUGGUUUGUGAGCCUGACGAGACUGAUCUAGAUAUACAGAUCCCUGCUGUCAUGCUCCCCCAAGAUGCUGGUGCUACAUUGCAAAAAUUAUUAUCAAAUGGUUCGUCAGUUUCUGUACAGCUGUACUCUCCAUGGAGACCAGUGGUAGAUAUCGCCGAAGUAUUUCUAUGGUUGAUGGCUGUUGGUACAAUCUUGUGCGCCUCUUACUGGUCUGCGUGGAGUGCCAGAGAAGCAGCGAUAGAACAAGAUAAGUUCUUUAAGGAUGGUACUGAAGAAUUCCCGAGCAUUAAAAGUAGUGGUGGAAGCAGUGUGGUGGAUAUCAAUACAACAUCUGCAAUCUUGUUCAUUGUUAUCGCUUCCUGUUUCUUGAUUCUAAUUUACAAGCUAAUGUCGUACUGGUUCAUUGAACUCUUGGUUGUUCUCUUCUGCAUUGGUGGUAUAGAGGGCUUGCAGACUUGCUUGGUUGCCAUACUUUCUAGGUGGUUCAAGCAAGCUGCAGAAUCAUUCAUUAAAGUUCCCAUCUUGGGAGCCAUUUCAUACCUUACUCUAGCAGUUGCUCCAUUUUGCGUAGCUUUUGCCGUGGUUUGGGCUGUCUACAGAGAAGUCUCUUUUGCAUGGAUAGGCCAAGAUAUUCUUGGCAUUGCUCUGAUAAUUACUGUGCUUCAAAUAGUGCGGAUUCCAAAUCUUAAGGUGGGUACUGUGCUUUUGAGCUGCGCUUUCAUCUAUGAUAUCUUUUGGGUGUUCGUUUCGAAGACACUGUUCAAAGAAAGUGUGAUGAUUGUGGUAGCUCGUGGCGAUAGAAGUGGCGAGGACGGAAUCCCGAUGCUUCUGAAGAUUCCACGUCUAUUUGAUCCUUGGGGUGGUUACAGUAUCAUCGGCUUUGGAGACAUCCUCUUGCCUGGACUGCUAGUUGCAUUUUCCCUCAGGUAUGAUUGGCUAGCAAAUAAGAGCCUACGAGCUGGAUACUUUUUGUGGGCGAUGCUUGCUUAUGGAUUAGGUCUUCUCAUCACAUAUGUAGCAUUGAACUUGAUGGAUGGUCAUGGCCAACCUGCGCUUCUUUACAUUGUCCCUUUCACCCUCGGUACGUUUUUGGCUCUCGGGAGAAAACGAGGCGAUCUGAAGCUUCUGUGGACCAGAGGCGAGCCGGAGAGGAUCUGCCCUCAUGUCCGUCUCGAGUCUACUCAAGAAUCACUCUGAAAAAUAUUUAGUGAGUGUAUAAAUCAAUCACAUAUAGUGCUAAUAUUAAAUUUGAUCAGUAGAUCAACCCCUAAUUAGUCUCUCUACCUAUGGUUUGCACCUUGCUACUGUGAUUCAUGCCUCUCUAAUGUAAGCCAGGAAACACAUCUUGUAAUGUAUAUAAUAUUCCAAAUUUAUAAAUAACUAAUUCUGUCA